GCACCUUGGAAGGAGAUGGACGUGACAGCUUCCUAACCACAUUUUUAACAUUAUUUCAACACUUCAUGAUCGCAGACUAACUCAAAUGUUUGCUUGGAAUGAAGCAGCCAUGUCUGUUCCUCAAGGCUACUGCAAGUGAUCACUGAGUGAGUAGUGACAGUCUGCAAAAUCUGCAUUGCACGCAUACACUGAGCAAAUAGCGCCAUGGUGUUCGCGUUCGCCGCCGGUAAUGGCGUGGCGGCGGAGGUGCUGACGGCGCGGUUUGCCCGGCAGGUCCUGUGGGGGCGUUGGUUCACGCUGUUUGCGUGCCUGCUGAUCCUGUCGGCGUCGGGCGCGACGUACGCCUUCGGCAUCUACUCCCGUGCGAUCCGGAUGUCGCUGGGCUACGACCAGCGCGCCGUCGCCACGCUCGCCUUCUUCAAGGACCUCGGCAGCAACGUCGGCGUCCCCGCGGGGCUCCUCAACGAGGUGGCCCAACCGUGGGCCGUGCUCGCCGUCGGCGCCGCCAUGAACCUGGCGGGCUACCUCAUGGUCUACCUCUCCCUCGCCGGCCGCGUCGCGCGGCCCCCCGUCUGGCUCAUGUGCGCCUACGUCUGCGCCGGCGCUAACUCGCAGGCGUUCGCCGGCACGGGGGCGCUCGUUACCUGCGUCCGGAACUUCCCGGAGACACGCGGCGCCGUGCUCGGCCUGCUCAAGGGCUACGUGGGGCUCAGCAGCGCCAUCCUCGCGCAGGUCUACCUCGCCCUAUACGGCGGCGGCGACGCCAGGUCGCUCGUCCUGCUCAUCGCCUGGCUCCCCGCUGCCGUCUCCGUCGUGUUCCUCGGCACCGUCCGCGUCCUGCCUCCGCGCCGGCCGAGGCAGAAGGGCGGUGGUGGAGGAGGCGACGGCGUGUUCCUCUGCUUGCUCUACAUCUCCAUCGCGCUCGCGGCGUACAUCCUCAUCAUGAUCGUCGUGCAGAGGCAGGCCACUUUCUCGCGCGACGCCUACGCCGCGUCGGCCGCCGGGCUCCUCCUCCUCCUCUUCAUCCCCUUCGCCGUCGUCGUCAGGCAGGAGUACCGUAUCAAGAAGGAGCUCGAGGAGUCCCUACGAGCGGCGCCCACGACGGUGGUGACCGUCAUUGAUAAACCAGCCGCCUUGCCAGUGCCAGAGAUGCCGGCGAGCACAACCGACACACCGCCAUCGUCUUCCUGCCGCCGCUCCUUCCUGAGGCACACGUUCACCCCGCCGGCGCACGGCGAGGACUACUCCAUCCUGCAGGCGCUGGUGAGCGUGGACAUGCUGAUCUUAUUCGUGGCCAUCGCCUGCGGCGCCGGCGGCACACUGACAGCGAUCGACAACAUGGGUCAGAUCGGGCAGUCGCUGGGGUACCCUCCCAAGAGCGUCGACGCCUUCGUCUCCCUCAUCAGCGUCUGGAACUACGCCGGCCGCGUCGCCGCCGGGUACGCCUCCGAGGCGCUCCUCUCCCGGUACCGGUUCCCGCGGCCGCUCGCGCUCACGGCGGUGCUCGUCGCCUCCUGCGCCGGCCACCUCCUCAUCGCCGCCGGCGCGCCACGGGGCACGCUCUACGUGGCGUCGGUGCUCAUCGGCUUCUGCUUCGGCGCGCAGUGGCCACUGCUUUACGCAGUCAUCUCCGAGCUGUUCGGGCUCAAGCGCUACCCGACGCUCUACAACCUCGGCGCCGUCGCGAGCCCUGUCGGCGCCUACGUGCUUAACGUGCGCGUCGCCGGGAGGCUAUACGACGCCGAGGCGGCGAGGCAGCACGGCGGGGCGCUGCCCGGCGGCGGUGGGGACAAGACGUGCGUCGGCGUGGAGUGCUUCAGGAGGUCGUUCCUGAUCAUCACGGCCGCCACGGCAGCCGGCGCCAUCGUGUCGCUGGUGCUUGUGUGGAGGACGAGGGAGUUUUACAGGGGCGACAUUUAUGCCAAGUUCAGGGAUAAUGCGGCUGUAGGCGAGGAGUCACUGGGUGGUGGUGGCGUGGCGGCGGAGCAGCGUCCUGGUCGAGGAGGUGGUAGUGUCAACGGAGAGCAACGAAAUGGCUAGCUAGGUGCCUGAGUUGAUUUGGUCAAAAUUCAGUACCAUGCUCCGCCAAAUCCAGUUGACUUGGGCAAGGAGGUAAGUUUGGUUUUAUCGAGGUUGGCACACAGCUCAUUUUUAUAAUGAACUUGUACGAGUUUUAAAGCAAUAAAAUAGGGUAAAAAUAAACUGGCUAAUUAGACCCAUAA